GAAUUGUGUAGGAAUGUUGUUGUCAUUUUUUCCCUUUUUAUAUUGACUCGAACAACGGCGACGUUUCACUAGUAUAUUCUGAGUGUAUGUAUAAAAUUAUAUGUUGGCGGGUAAAUGUUGGAAAACCAAUUUUCCUUUGGAUCCAAGAAUUUCAAUUUUUCCAAUUGGAUUUCCCGCCCUCUACAGAAAAUCCCACUAACAAAAUUUAUUACAAGUAACCACCACUUUCUGUUGCUGGCUAAAUCUGUGAAACAAUUUGCGUAAUCUGGUAGAAUGGCGGUAAUUUCUGGUUCAGAGGAGCUGACGAAAGGGAAAAUGAAGAAGGGAAAGAGUGCUUCUUCCCCUGCAAAGCGCAACAAUUGUCCCGGAGUACGUCUUGUGGGUGGUCGAAUCUACGAUUCUGUUCAAGGAAAGACAUGCCAUCAGUGCCGCCAAAAGACUAUGGACUUUAUGGUUGGGUGUAAGAAUAUGGGGAAGGAUAAGCCUUGUCCAAUGCAUCUUUGUCAUAAAUGCCUACUAAACAGGUAUGGUGAGAUAGCAGAGGAAGUAUCACUUUUGGAGGAUUGGAAAUGUCCAAAAUGCAGAGACAUUUGUAACUGCAGUUUGUGCAUGAAGAAACGAGGUUGCGAACCCACUGGUCAACUUGUGCGCACAGCAAAGGCAACUGGAUAUUCUUCUGUUUCAGAUCUGCUGCAGAUUGCUGGGAUUAAUAACAAUGAUCAAAUCAAAUCUCUGAAAGACAUGAAUGCCUCAUGGAAAAAGAUCAAUACUUCAAAGAAUGAGGAAAGCAUAGUUUCUUCUGAAAACAGUGGGAAGGAAAAUUGUAUUGAAGAGGUGAUAGACAUAAAUGUGAAUCCUUUGGAUUUGCCAAAAAAUCCCAGUGAUAAGCAAUCUGCGGGAUGUAAAAGGAAAAAGGUUAAUGAAAAGCCUGAUGACACUUUGUCAAAGGAUAAUGUAGUGAAUGAACUUGAUGGUCCACAUGAUGGUGAAAAGAAACAAAAAAAAUUGAUGCAAGGUCAGCUAGAAUCAGAAUUUGACAGCAAGAGAGGUGCUGCUGCAUCAGCGAAAGAAACUCUAUCUGAAGAGUCUCAAGAUUUCACAAAGAACAAGGAAGUAUCUCUGAGGGAAUGUUCUGUGAAAGAUAACACUCUGGCAAAAAGUGAUCUUUGUGCCUUGACGCCAUUGCCCCAGGGCACUGGUGUGACAGCUAUUGGUGACAUUGAUUUACAAUCAGAAGAUGUUGGGAAUGCGUUACAAUUUUUAGAGUUUUGUGUGGUUUUCGGAAAGAUACUUGACAUCAAGAAGGGGCAACCAGAAGCUGUUCUCAGAGAUAUUAUGCAGGGAAGAAGUUCUCGACGUGGAAAAUGUUCUUUGACGAUACAGUUUCUUAAUAACUUACUAUCUUCCUUAAAAGGGGAGGAAGAGGAAAGAUUUUCAGCAGAAACCUCGACAGAAGGAAAAAACUCCUGGUAUGCUGAAUUAAAAAUGUUGAUCUCAGAAUCCCCCAGUGUUUCAAGAACCAUGGGAUUGCAUUCUUUAGGUAAUGAUGUUGAGGAGUUUGAGAACUUGAAUCCCUCAGAAAAGCUCAAGAUACUAAAUUUUAUCUGCGAUGAAAUUCUUGAAACUGCAAAGAUAAGGGAUUGGAUGGAUAACCAAAACUCAAAAUUUGCUGAAAAGGCAAAGGAAGCAAAAGAAAAAGUUACUGCGGCAAAAGAUGAGGAGAAGCGCCUGAAGAAGAAAAUGCAGGAUGAGAUAGCUCAAGCCAUUAUUGCAAAGAAUGGCGCUCCAUUCUCAAUAUCGGAACAUGACGCAAUUGUUUCUCAAAUUAAACAUGAAACAGCAGAAGCUCAUGCUUGUGUGGUGGAGUCACAGAACACCCGUUCAAAGUAUAAUAAAAACUCUGAAGCUGUUAGGACGGAGCCUUUCUUUUCAGGCACUGAUGGUAAUGUGUAUUGGAGACUGAAAUGCUAUGGCGACAAAUCCAUUCUUUUAUCUCAGGAUGUAGGAGCUGGUAAUACUGCUGCAUCAGAUGAAAAAUGGUUUGCGUUUGACGUUGAACAAAAAGAAAUCAUUGAGAAGCGCAUCAAUUAUUUGAGGGUAAGGAGUGUUAGAGCUAACAAGGUCCUGCGGAAACUUCCAUCUCAGAAUAAUGAAGUCACCGCUUAAGAUCUUACUGAUUUUGCCUGCAGUUCCUUGGAGGAAUGUUGUGGAUAUCAGCUUGUCUUAUGAAUGGUCUUUUUAGCUUAUCCUUCAGUGAUUUGCAAAUCAACAGUGGCAGGCAAGAAGGUGCAUUUCAAUAUGCUACCUUUUUGUUCUAACGUGUUGGAAUACUGAAUUGCUGUUGUAUCUUAGCUUUGUCUGUACUGUACCUUCUCCCAUAUACUUUCUAUUGAUGCUUCUAUUUGAACUAUAUUUAAUAGAAGUGUUAAAUUAUUAUAAA